AUGUCUAGAAUUAGUGAUUUUGAAAUACUCAACCGUUUGGGUGAAGGAUCCUAUAGUUAAGUUUAUAAAGUUAUCAGGAAAUCAGAUCAACAAAUUUAUGCUAUGAAGAAAGUUAAACUUUUUGAUUUGAAAGAAAAAGAAAAGGAAAAUGCUCUUAACGAAGUUAGAAUAUUGGCUUCAUUUGAUGAUCCCAAUAUUAUUAAUUACAAAGAUGCUUUUAUAGAUGAUAAUAUGCUAUAUAUAAUUAUGGAAUUUGCUACAUAAGGUGAUUUACAAAACAAAAUCAAAUAAGCUGGCAAUUAAUUAUUACCUGAAACAGAAAUAUGGAAGGCAUUAAUAUAAAUUACAAAAGGGUAUAUAUCAUAUCAUUUAAUUUAGUCUUAAGAAAUUACAUGACAAUAAAAUUGUUCAUAGAGAUUUAAAAACUGCAAAUAUAUUUAUAUCUAAUGGUAAUUAUAAACUAGGAGAUUUGAAUGUCUCCAAAGUUACUAAAAAAGGUUUUGCAUAUACAUAAACUGGAACUCCUUAUUAUGCAAGUCCAGAAGUAUGGAGAAAUGAAGCAUACAAUUCUAUGAGUGAUAUUUGGAGUUUAGGAUGUGUAAUCUAUGAAAUGGCUUCACUUAAAUUACCUUUCAAAGCUCCUGAUUUAUAAGCAUUAUGUAAUAAAAUAUAAAGAGGACUCUUUGAAUGUUUACCUAAAUAAUAUUCCAGAGAUUUAUAAUCAAUCAUUGUCCAAAUGAUCUAAGUUCAACCUAUGNAGCUGGAACAUUAAGAGAUUAAAUUAUAUAUCCACAUACAAAAUUAUAAAUGUUAAGAAAGAAAGUAACAGAUGAUGAUUUAACUGAAUUAUUGAGAUUAGUUCAUUUGGAUUAUUUAGUUGUAAGAGAAGGAGGAUAUGAUAAAUGUAAUGAUUGGAAUGAUGUAUUGAGUGGAGGUGAAAAAUAAAGAAUUGCUAUGGCUAGACUAUUUUAUCAUAAACCAGUAUUUGCCAUAUUAGGUAUAGAUUUUUUAUUAUAUUCUUAGAUGAAUGCACUAGUGCAGUCUCAAUGGAUGUAGAAGCUACCUUAUAUUAAACUGCUAAGAUGUUAGGAAUCACUCUCUUCACAGUUAGUCAUAGACCUUCAUUAUUUAAACAUCAUGAUUAUAUGAUCUAAUUUGAUGGAGAAUAAGGUUGGAAUUUUAAAAAGAUAGAACAUAGUUCAGAAUGA